AUGGAAGCUGUCACUGACGACGAGGGCCUCGUGCCAGCGGCGGUGCGGCAGCGCACGGAGAAGGGUGUCUUGUCCUCCUGCAAUACCAGCAGACACGACAGCGCUGGCAUCCGCGAUGAGUUGGCCGGCAUUGGCGAACAGAUCAAGGCGCUUCAGCUCCAGCUUAGCAGCAACCUCGCUCCCGAAACAAAGGUAUCAGAGGUCGUCACGCAAACCCUGUGGGACUUGUUGUGGCGGCUACGCACGUUUCUCUUCCUCGCCUCUCCCUCUGCGGCGCAUCAGUGGAAGAUCGGCGGGGCACUCUUCGACGUGUAUUAUCGCCGCCACUACGGCAGGGAUGCGGCCCACGUCGCAAUCGCGCUUCGGCUAUACUUGGUCCUCUUGCGUUUCACUGUUGUCUGCCCAGCCGCCGCGCUCCACGGCUGCCUCACUCUGUUUGGUGUACUGGCAGUGCUGAACGACCCUCGGCUGAGGUCAUGGAAGGACACGUCUGAGAGGCUUCUCGACGGCUUUCUUUUUGUGUCACGCGCGCAGCACCGCAGUGAGAAUGAUGUCUUUGCGCAACUCAUGAACAUCGUGUUUGAACUGCUCUCGGAGGUCACGGCGCACUUCAACGGCUCUGCAGCGGAGACGGAGAGCGCGCUGUUCCUCCAGCUCUCCGUUGAACCCUCAGCGGCGCUGUUGUCGCAGACAGAAGCCUCACUGCCGUCUUUCGCUUCGCCGAACUCGGCAUCGGACGCGGAAGGCAGAGCGCGGCGGCUUCAGGAGAUGUUUUCCACCUGCACCUGCGUGGAGACCCUGUACGAGGCGCGCUGCAUUCAGGCCUGCCUGUUGCGUCUGGUCGUGCGCCUCAGCGAAGAGCGCCUGCUUCUUUCGCUUUCUCCCGACCGCGUGGGUCUUCUCUGUGACGUCGCCUGCCACAUCGUCUCUAGCGCAAUCCCCGGCGCUGAGGGUGGCGUGGUGAACCGCGUGCAGCACGAUGCAGCGUGGCACACUCUUCGCUACUUCGCGGUAGUAGAUCGUCGCCUGCUUCCGCAUUUGCAGGGGCCUCUCAUCUUGUCCGUCUUGGCUGCUCAGUGGAGCCGUCGAGGGGCGCAAACGUGUUCGUCCAUCUUCAACAUAACAGUCGCGGAAAAGGCGCUGUUCGACUGGUGCCGGCACCUCAGCACGGCGGAGCUUGACUCGCUCGUGGUCGCGGCGUAUCACCGCGGCGGAGCGGGGCCUGGUGGCCAAGACGUAAUGACGGAGUGUCUCGUGCAGAUGUGGGAAGUGGGGGUGCAGUGGUGCGCGGAGUUGUACACCAGCCCUAGUACGGCCGUGGACGGUAUCGUUGCAAACACCGCAUCCAGCACACCGAGCAGUCUUUCCGCCAUGUUCACGCUGCAGCAGUGGGUAUGUCUGUGUGAGAGGGUGUUUCGCAGCACGGUGGUGCAGAGGAGUGCUUUCGCAGGGCUAACGCAAAUGGGCGAGCCAAAGCUGCUCGCGGCGUACGACCACCAGUUGCAGCUUCUGGUGAGUGAGCUGCCUCUCUCGUCGUUGACCGCCUCGUUACUGUGCACACAGUUGCCGUCGUUUGCGGUGGAAUCGGAGUUGGCCUUUCUGCCGAGCCGGAUCCUAUCCUUCUUCAACGGGCAAGCACUAACGGCGUGUAUCGCGGAGGUAGUGGACCGCGCGAAGAACUGUAUCGAUGUCUCCGCCUACCGUUUGCUAGAGGCUAAUGCACUCGCAGUUCAGUCACGUCUCAAGGUCUCCUCCUGGAUGGUCCAGUGCGACGCCGCAGCCUUUCAGAGUGCUCUGGCGGAGACGCUGCAGGUGAUGCAGCACCACGAGGCGCCAUCCCACAGCCUCCUUGUGCAAGCCAUCAUUGUCCUGGUGCACGCCUUUCCCGUAGACUCGGAGAACGGAGAGGUUCGCAAGUCGGACACUGUGGCGCGCGUCAUAGAGGCGCUCGAUAAUAGCAUUUCCUCUCGACACGAUGGGAGUUAUGCAGCUCUGGAGGUCGCUGCGCCGCUGUGGCACAUGCUGGAUCGAGAGACCGCCACGACCCUUUUUCGCGCAGGUUCAGGGCUUGGAUGGACUCGGCGCCUGCUGGCGCUGCCACCGCACACCGCAACAUCGGCGAAAACAGCCGAGUUGUUUCUCUGCCGAGCUGCUGGACUCGCCGAAGCACUUCAGCACGCGCUGGCAGAGACGAUGGUGAGAGAGGGUGCAUCCACAUCUCGGUCCACUUCGCAUGCGCCCGCCCCUAAAGUUCUUCCUGGUGCCGCGGCGGCCCGUGGGCAGAUGCCGGCGCGCCUGCAGCGUGCGUACGAGUCGAUUGCGAGUCAUUUUCCCGUUGUGGUGCAACUGCUUCAGACUCUGAGCACUCUUAUCACAACACUCCAGCGCGACGUGCAGUGGUGGCGCUGCAUGCGUAAUGGCAAAGGCGGCACGUAUGCUGACGCUAACGGGGCCAUAGUGGCUUUAGGAACUCUCUUUAGCCAUGCCACUGGCAUCCUCGUGCUGCUGCUGGACGCCAAGUACCGGUUCGCUGCCAUCGCUGGUUCUGAGGCUGGCAAGGGGCGCAACAGCGCUUUGGCUGGUGCAGCACCGAUCUGUGAGCAGGGUAGCACUACGAAGCAACCUCUGGCACAGGCGGCGACGGUCGUGGACGUGGAUGACGACGAUAAUGCGGACGGUGUUUCAGAGGAGAAGGAGGAAGCGAAGCAGCCGUAUCGACACCGAAAGACGACAGCGAGGGGCGCCACGCUCAGCUCGAAGGCAGGAAAGGCUUCAGCUAAAGCAGGUGUGGGCGGCGCACUGCAGGCCUCUAACGUAUCCCAGCAGUCGAUCGCGAAAACGAAGCAGCUGGAGAAGAUUGUGCAGCUGAACCGGUCGAAGCUCUUGCCCGCUCUUCUCGCCUUUACCCGGCACUUAGUGUACGAAGCAAGAGGCAGAGGUGCAUCACCUGACGCAGACGAGGUGCAAAACGAGGAUGGCCGCUCGAGUCAGCGAGCGGCCGGCGGCAUGCAGAGCCACGCAAGUGCCCUCGAGUGCGUGGUGCUUUCUCUGGCGUACACUUCCCUUGCGCUGUCCCCUCCUUUUUCGCUGACCGACGAGAACGCACUCUUCAGCCUCGCCUCCGUGGGCGCAUACAAUGUGACGGACAGUAUCCUCUACUGCGCACUGCGCGAACUGGUGCUGUGGAGUCCAGAACUGGCGUGGCGGGAGCGCGAAGCGGGCAAUUCCGCGAUACCGACGCUGCUGCUAGUGCAACUCUCUGGGACUGAACGGCUCCUGUCAACGGUACUGACAGCGAGGCGAGAUGGCAACACUACAUACAUCGCUGAAUGCGGCGCGCAGAUCCUUCAGCUGCUGUGGUACGGCCGACGUUUUUUCCAGCGCUCAGGUGAUGCACGAGCAACAGCGGUUGAUAAGCCGGAGAGGGAGCAGCGGCUGUCACUGACAGAUGCGUCCGCAGCGGUGCAGGAGGACUGCAUGGCCGCCUCUGAACGGGUUACACAGGAGGGGCAUGCGUGGUUGUGCCUCUGCUUUGACCUCUACGCGGUGUAUCACAGCGUACGCCCCGCGCACAACGACACCGCUUUGGCUGUCAUGGGCCUGUGCCUCGAGACGGCACGGGGUGUGAUGGCGCUGUUUUCGUGGUCGGCCACCGAUCUCCUGCGCUUCCGCGAACGGCCAUUUGUGUUUUCGUCCUUUUUCAAGGCUAUCGUGGACAAGGAAGACCGCGACAUGAAGGUCAUCCUGACAUCGUCGCUGGAUGUCCUGGGGCGCUAUGUCAUCUCGGCAGGUGUGGGCCAAGCAGGUGGUGGAACCGUAGCGGCGACAGCCACGAUGUCCACUGUUGUACCCGGGGACAGCGUCACACGAGCGAAGCUGAAGCACCUCAUGGACCAAGAAAAGAUCGCUGACUGGAGAGCCGCAGCAGGGGCACUGGCGUACGCCCUCUACGAGUGCGGCAGCAAGCCCGUCGCGAAGCAAAUGCUGUCCCUUGCAGAGGCGGCGAGCUACGCCAAGAGGAGUAUCAAGGAUGUGCCGGCGAUGGUGCGGUCGACGAUCCACUUUGUUGCAUUUCACAUUGUAUCCCUCGAGGCGGAUGCCCAGAUGCUGGCGCACGACCGUCGGUGUCACAGUGGGCGAGAUCGCCGACGCUUCCUGGGCGGGGCAGUAGCUCUGCACGCCCCUCUUGCGGUCGUGGGAGGGUCCGCGCACUCACUCUUCCUCUGCGACCGGUCGGAAGGAGGCGACGGUGCGGAAGCAGCGGACGUCGAAGACGCAAGCGCGUCACCACCACAGCGCACGACCACCGGCGAGCUGCACCCCGCGGAGGGGGACGGAGAUGACGCGUCGGCUAGCAAGGAGGUACUCGACGGUAUUGCGUUUUCGGUCUUCGAGCGGGCACUGGUGCAGCUGGUGACGCUGGGCGAGGCGGCCGAGACAGCUGCCGGGGUGGAGAACUCGCUGCGAAAACCGGUGGUGCGGGCAGUGGCGGCGGAGGAGCUACGCAAGAAUAUGUUUGCCGUGUUGGACGCCGUCUACAAGGCCAUCCGCAUCGAACCUGCGGUCGCCUACCGCAGCGAGGGCGCCGGCGCGGCCGACGAAGAGGAAGCAAGCGCCGCGCCACCUGGGUCGCUUCGGACGCGGCGCCGAUGGCUGCUUGGCUUGGCAUCCUUUAUUCGUUUUAUGGGUCCGCAGACGACGCCGAUCGCGCUGAUGCUGCCGACGCUACUGGGCCACUGCGCCCGCUUUCCCAGCCUGCUCCCAUCGGUGUGCAUUGUGUGGAGAGAGCUGAUCUGCGCCUGCACAGACGAGUACCUCGCGGAGUCGGCCGCCGCCAUCGUGCUGAGCCUCGUGAGCCUCGAGCAGCACGCUGCCCUCGAGAGUGAGUCGAAGGGACUCUUACUCUGUACCCUCCGCCACCUGUACACCCGCACGGAGGCGGCGGAGUUUUGGGACUCGUACCAGGUGGUUCUCGGAACCUUCAGCGAACUGGUGCGUGCCACCCUUCACUCGCGACACUCCGGCUGCGGCGAAGCCGCGGAGCGAUCGGAAGAGAGUCGCCGAGACAGCGCGCACGUUCUCCUCCUGGGGUUUGCAUCUGUCAUGCGAUCUGGCUCGCUGCAGUCGAGCACCGUCUUUGUCCGCGCCCUCUACCAGUACCUCUGCGCUGCAGAUGAAGCAACGCGCCGACAGCUGUCCCACGCGGCCGCCGACCACCCAGAGGUGCUGCAGACACUGCUGCGAUGCACGGAAGCCGACUCUGACAGCGCCCUAUACGCCAUGCGGUGCAUCAGCAUUCUCGGCGCCGUCGCUGCGCCGAAUGCGGCAGUGUCGACUGGCGCGCCGCGCGCCACUAAGACUGCCGAUGACGAGCGGCGAAGCUCAUUGACCCCCUCCUCGGCAUCUGCUCUCGACGGGUGGAACCGGAUGACGUGGACGCAGUCCUUCUAUCUGGACGCGGAGACGGUUCUGAACUGGCGCAAGUUCUCGUUUACACUGCUGAGGGACUACUUCCCGCGGGUGUUCGCGAGCACAGCAGACCCGGUGCUGCACAACUGCAUCGCCUUUGCGGUGCAGGAGCUGAUUCGCGCCUCGACGCGGCAGGAGCGCCUUCAGCACAAGGGCGUCGAGCUGCGCCGCGAGGAUGUCGUGCACCUCGACGAGCUGGACCGUUACAUCUGGUGGAUGCGUCUGACGCCGCAUGUGAAGCAGCUCCUGGGCGGGUUCACGACAACGCGGUACUCGCUGACAGUGAACUGGCAGACGCGCCUCCGCACGCCAGAGUACAUGCCGUCGCUUGGGCAUCGGCGCUGGCUCUUUGCCUUCUUCAACCAUCUGGUCAUGUCCUGCAAGGGAUGGUUCGCCGAGAUGGUGCAACCACUGCGGAACGUCGCCAAGAAGAAUGCCUCUCUCGUGCUCUACUUACUGCCGUACCUGGUGGUGCAUAUCCUGGAAUCCGGCAAGGUGGAGGACGUUCAGUACAUCGAACACGAGGUCAAAGCAGUACUCGAGGCCGCCGCUGGGGGGCCGAAUGUCGCCGUCUUGUCGCUCCGGUCGCAGAGCAUCUACGAGGCGAGUCCUGAGACCGUGUCACAGGAGGAACCGCGCGAGCACGCGCACACCGUGCUCAGUCUUUUGGAAGAUGUAGAGCAGCUGCGGUGGACGCUGCUGCGCAAUCGCGGACGUGUCGCGUGUGUCUUCGAGCCGCAAGAGCAGACGGAGAGCCUGUGCAUCCGCCUUGCCGAGAUGUAUGGCGACUUCCUGCGCGGCAUCUCGUGGCCGCUACGCUGCCGUGCUGCCCUCCGCAUCGGCAGCCACAUUCGGGCACUCCGCAGCGUCGAGAGCCAACGCCGCAUUCCUGGGCUGGCGUCCGUCAUAGCAGCGGUGCCGCUGCAGCGCAUUUUUGCGGCGCUGAACGAUCGCGAAUCUUCCCGCUCCAUCCACCGCGCCUCACCUGGGCUGUCGUUGGAAGACACGGCCUUCUCCUUUGAGAACAACGGCGACUGGCUGUCCGCACUGGGGAGCUCGGAACUGGUCUUGCAGCAUCGCCCGCACAGCGGGCAGCACCAGCUGACGGCGCUGCACUGCAUGAAUGAACUGGGAGAGCUCUACAUGACCUCGCGCUACGCAGCCUCCCUGCUAGCUUCCGCGUCGGUAUCCGACGGCGACGUGCGAGGGUUCGAGGCGACAGAGUACUUGUCAGGUGCUGCGCUCAAAGGCAGGUCGACCUUUUCACAGAUGGUGAGUGAGGCACCAGGAGAAGCAGCGGCGGUCAGCGACUUUGCGCAGCUGCGCCACCACGUGCAGGCGUACGCGAACGAGGCGGCGUGGCGACUCGGCCAGUGGGACAUGCUGCUGCCGUCAGGCGCGGCCACUGCGCCGGUGAGCUCGAGGAUGCCCACAGUGGGGUCUGACGGGGGUCGGUCGGUGAGCCUCGCCAUGCCCGCCGCGUAUCUCCAGCGAGCCCUGUCAGGAAACGGUUCUCUUGCCUUUGUACGGUGCGUAACCGACAACGAGCGUGCCAAAGUGGUGCCUGUGGUUCGUACUCCGUGCCAGGAAGACCUGACGGCGCAAGGCUACACUGUCACGCUGCUCUUGCAUGCACUCGGCGAUGUGGAUGCCGUGUCGGAGCUGUGCGCCAGAGCCUUCAUCACAAACGGCAGCGGACACCGCUGCGGCGGGGACGGCUCCGACGCGUCCCAGUCGAGUGCGCCAACGAUGAAACUGGCUGCACCGCUUCUGCCGUCAUCGGUGAAGGAGGAAAUCGCGAGCCUCUUGUCACAACGGGAAUCCUACGUUGAGGACACCAUCGCGGCCCGCGAGCCGCUUCUUGCGCUUCAUCGCCUCAUCUACCGCGAGCUAGACAUGCCGCAGAAGGUGGCAGAGACGUGGUUGAAGCAGUCCGAGUUGCUGCGCAACGGCGGUCUCGGUGAGGCAGCCCUGACAGCAGCCCGUCAAGCGGCUUUCGAGUGCCGGGAGCACGUGACGGCGACCAGCUACUACGUCUUGGUGGCGAACCUGCUGCACGAUACGCAGUCGCCAACACCAGCGAUGGAGUUCGCGCGCGAGUGCGUGGCUGAUGUGCGUAUCCCUGCCACCACCCGCGCGCAGCUGCAGAUAUUGCUCACGAACUGGCUGAUUGAGACGGGGUCGGAGCGGCCGGAGCAUAUCUUUGCCGAGUACGAGAAGGCGCGCGAGCUGGACCGCAAGUCGGAGCUGGUUCAUCACCAAAUGGCACUCUUCUACGACCAUUUGCACACCCUCGCCAGCAACGCAAGCGAGGGCGCGGCAGCCCAGCUAACGGCGGCGGCCACGUCACCGACAUCGAGCAGUACCGCGAAUGUGUCGGCGGCGGUCAUGUAUAACGCGGCACUGCAGCACCAGAAGGAGAUGGUGGACUCUAUCCAAAGGUGUGCGACACGCGCCAUCGUCCACUUUGGCGAGGCUCUACUGCGCGGGGUCGAGAAGGCGUCGGUAUCGCUGCCGCGCAUGCUCACCUUGUGGCUGGACAGCGCCGUGUUUCUUGGCGGCCUGCUGGGCACGACGGUUGGCAAGCUGGACGGCACUACCUCGGCAGUCCUGGGGGAGAUGAACAACCGAAUUCGCGAGUUCGUGCUGAGUACGGUACAGCCAGUCAUUCCCCCAGCUGUGGUGAUGACGGCACUGCCGCAGCUUCUUUCCCGCCUCGGGCAUCCCGUGACAGCGGUGCGCAACGUCUUGACGGACAUCGUGUUGCACCUCAUGGAUCACUUUCCGCAGCAGUGCCUCUGGCUAGUGCUCCCGAUGGCGCUGAGCAAGGAGGGGCCCAAAGAGGUGGUGGAGACGCAGAUCAUCAAGCCUUUCGCCGACAACCCCCGCAACGAACGGGUGCUGCGGCACGCAAAGAUCCUCUGCGACACGCUUUUGACCAUCUGCAACUGCUCUGCCAGCCUCUUUCCGAAAGAGAAGGGGCUCACCCAGCUCAGCCCCGUACAGAAGAUCACCCCAAUGCUGGCCGCCGCCAAGUUUAUCGUGCCCGUGCUGUCAAACUUGACCCCAGACAUUCGCGCGAGCUCCAGCGAAGACGUCUUCCCCACGGCGCCCUGCUUUGACCACUUCGACGAUCGCGUGGUUGUCAUGCGGUCGCUGCAGAAGCCGAAGCGCAUUUGGGUGCAUACGAACGACGGUCGCGAGAUGUCGUUCCUGUGCAAGGCGAAGGAUGAGCCUCGCAAGGACAUCCGUAUGAUGGAGGUGGCGGCGCUCAUGAACUCCUUCUUCCUCUCCGACCCGGAGGCGAAGCGGAAGCGGUUCUCGCUACGGCGCUACUCCAUCACCGCUCUCAGCGACGACUGUGCCGUGAUUGAGUGGCUCAACGAUACAACACCGCUGGCCAAGGUGGCGAUGGAGUGCUACGCAUUGGACCGCUCUGGCGUGCACAUCUCCUCCGUCAAGAAGUGGAUGACCCUGGUGGAUGAGAAGAAGAUGAGCAAGAUGGAGCUCUUCACUAAGUACAUCCUGCCCGAGGCGCCUCCCGUAAUGCAUCAGUGGCUGGACCGGACGUUUGCAAGCAACCAGAGCUGGUACGAAGCACGCACGCUUUUCACGCAGUCCACGGCACUCUGGAGCAUCGCUGGCCACAUUGUGGGACUCGGUGACCGACACGCAGAGAACUUGAUGAUUGACAUGGAGCGCGGCGAGCUGAUGCAUGUCGACUUUGCGUGCAUGUUCGACAAGGGCGAGAAGCUGGAGGUGCCGGAGCAGGUGCGCUUCCGACUCACCCAGAACCUGACGGACGUGAUGGGUGUGCUUGGUGCCCACGGUCCGUUCCAGGCCACGUGCGAGGUGGCACUGAGGUGCGAGAUGAAGAACAAAAGUGCCGUCAUGUCCAUCAUUGAGACGCUGCUCCACGAGCCACUGAUCGAGUGGCGGCGACAGAGCAGUCGCUCGCACUCGUCGAACGGUCCGAAGCAGCUUAUGGAGCGUGUAGCACGUCGGCUUGAUGGGUUUCUCGAUUUGUACUCGGUCCCCGCUAAGCGCGACACGCUGUCGCUGAAUGUGGAGAGUCAAGUGGCGAAGCUUAUUCACCACUCCUCCGACCUGAACAACCUCUCGCAGAUGUAUAUUUGGUGGAUGGCGUGGAUUUGA